AUGCCACAUCUUUCAGUUUUGAAGCGGCAAGAUAACACAGAAAAUAUUGAAGAGCAUAUUGAGUUCUCUCAACUGACUUCUACUCUGGAAAAGAAGCAUGUGAAAGGCAACUUCAAAAGGAACUGGCAGAGACCAAAACUCCCCCACCCUGGAAUAGCCGAUCAUCCAAGCCAUUCUCACUACUCGGAUGAUGAGAUCAAGCAAUGUAAAAAUCUUCCUCAUGAAUCAACUCCACCUCCUUCCCCUCCUAAGGACUCAACUCCACCGCCAUCUCCUCCUAAGGAAUCACCUCUACCACCUUCGUUGCCACCCUCAUCUCCUUCCCCAAGUACUCCAUCUUCACCUCCUCCCACCCGCACGUGCAAGAACAAGUACUACCCCAGUUGCUAUGCUGUCCAACAUGUAUGCCCUACCUCUUGCCCUGCCACUUGUCAAGUUGAUUGUGUCUCUUGCAAACCCGUUUGUAAUUGUGACAAGCCUGGAGCAGUUUGUCAAGAUCCACAAUUUAUCGGUGGAGAUGGAAUUACCUUCUACCUCCAUGGCAAGAAGGACAGAGAUUUUUGUCUUGCUUCAGACCCUGAAUUCCACAUCAAUGCUCAUUUCAUAGGAAGGAUAAACGAGAACAUGAAGAGAGACUUUACUUGGGUAAAAUCCUUGGGUAUUCUUUAUGAUACUCACAAAAUCUCAGUUGUUGCACUAAAAACAACAACAUGGGAUGAUUCCAUCGAUCGCCUUGCUAUUCACUUCGACAGUGAACCAAUAUUUCUUCCUGAUAGUGAAGGUGCAAAGUGGCAGUCUGAAACUGUACCUGUGACCUCGAUUACAAGAAUCAGCAACACUAACGAGGCUGUCACCGAUAUUGAAAAUGUUCUCAUGAUCACAGCCAGGAUUGUGCCUAUUACAGAGCAAGAAUCACAAGUUCAUAACUACGGCAUAACGAAUGAUGACUGUUUUGCUCAUCUUGAACUUGGGUUCAGGUUUUUCUCUUUGAGUGAUGAAGUGAAUGGUGUUUUAGGCCAGACUUAUAGGAAGGACUACGUGAGCAGAGUAAAGAUGGGUAUCCUGAUGCCAGUAAUGGGAGGAGACAAAAAGUUUGCAGCUUCCAGACUCUUUGAUGCUGACUGUUCCGUGGCUAGGUUUCAAGCAAAUGGAGAACAAUCUGACAUUCAUAAGGCUCCGUUGAAUUUGGAGCUGCCAAGUUUGAACUGCAAUAGUGGGAUUUAUGGACGUGGAGUUUUCUGCAAGUGGUAGAAAUUAUUAUUUCACCUUUUGAGAUUAUUUCAUCAAAAUAAGAUUGUAAACCAAUAGAAUGGAGGUUCAUCAAUAAUAAUUGUCCUGAAUGCAAAAAUAAGAUUGGACCAAACAAAAAAGAAUAUUCCGAUACCAUCUCCUCAGUAUGAUAUUUUUUAUUUCAAUAGUGUGAUUGAAAACGUG